UGUGUUGUCACUGUUGUCUGCUGCUGUCAGUCAUGAAAGAAGUGAUUGUGUAAAGGUGUUCAAUCUUAAUUGAAGUUUGUUAAUAAUUUAUUGUUAUGGAUGACGACUACUGUAAUAAUAAUAAUAUGUAGAGUGAGAUAACAAAUUAAUGAAGAUGUUCAUGCUAAGAUGUCCGAUUGAUGAUUCGAAUAAAUGUGCUGCAAUGUGUCCCCUGUGAUUGUGUAAACUGUUAAUAAAAAGUUGAAUUCAGGAGAUAAUGGAAUAGGCCUACACUCUUGAUUCGUGAUACAAGCAUUAUGCUUAAAUUGUACUCUAAUGAAUGGUUAAAAUGAGAUAGAGGUUCAACAGAGGCAUCAUCAGUGAACAAUAGCUGUCGAAUUGUGCUAACUUAAAGCUUGUAGGCUAUUGUGAUAUGUCACUCUUAUUGAGUUUGAGAAGAAAGUUCUUCAUCCUAAUACUAUUGAAAAGAAGAAACAGAUAACUUAAUGCUACUUAGUUAACACAUCUUAGAUUUGUAAUUUUGAUUCAAGAAUAGGUACAAUGGGAAAUACAGCUUUGAAACGCCAUUACGAAACUGCUGAAAAAACAGGUGUUUUAAAUCUGUCCAAAAGUAAGCUCUCAGAAUUUCCAAAGAAAUUAAUUAGCCUAAGUCCUGUACUCAGAACUUUGGAUUUAUCAGAUAAUUCUCUCACAUUUUUACCAGAAGAAAUAGGGAGUUUUUCAUCUCUGAAAUUGAUCACUUGUAAUAACAACAAGCUAACAACACUACCUGAAGAAGUUGGAAUGAUGGUGAAACUUGAAACUUUAUCCUUUGCAGGAAAUAGGCUAAAUAAUUUACCAAAAUCCCUCUCCUUAUUAGUAAACCUAAAACAUGUGAAUCUGUCUGGUAACCAACUAAAGGAUUUCCCAGUACUAUUUUGUGGUCUAAAACAUCUAGAUGUUCUCGACGUUUCAAACAAUUUAAUUGAAAGUGUUCCUAGUGAUGUGAGUACACUUCGAGCCACAGAAGUAAACCUAAAUCAGAACCGUGUUUCUUUUCUUGCUAGUGACAUUGCCGACUGCCCUCGCCUGAAAACAUUGCGACUAGAAGAAAAUUGCCUUCAGCUAACAGCUAUACCUGGCCGUUUGCUAACAGACUCCAAAGUAUCACUGUUAACUCUUGAAGGAAAUCUAUUUGAAAUGAAGAGUUUCACAAAUUUAGAAGGAUAUGAUACAUACAUGGAGCGUUACACUGCAGUUAAGAAAAAAAUGUUUUAGAUGUGUCAAUCCGAUCAAAUAUCACAUAUUUCCUUGCUUAGGUUUAUCUCAGUUAUCCUUUUUCACUAAAGUCAACUAAAUUUGAUCACACUUUGAUCUUUGAAGUGCUUUCAAAGCAAGUGCACAAGAUUUUGUAAAUCACUUAAUGUUGUUUAAUUUAAUACACAUGUCAAUUUCUGCUACAUCAAGAUGUAAAUGUAUCACACAGGGUAAGUGGAUUAAAUUAAUGUAAUCAAUGUUUAUAACUGACUUCGUCAGGAUUCAACUGUUUACUGUGUACAAACAGCUUAAUUUAUGUGUUCAAUUUUUAAUCAUAUACCGUACAAAUGUAACAUAUUAUUUAUUAGCUCUGCAUAAUUUUGUAAGUAAAUGCAAAUUGUAAAACUGGA